AAGAGCACUGUCAUGUCAGACAAGAAGAGCACAAGACCCGAAGAGAAACCACAGCCCGAAACAUUUUACGCGGGCAGGGGGUCAAGGCAAAUCGGUAAGAGAGAAGAUCCAACGGAGCCACCAACACCGCUCCUACCCCCGACACCCGAAGAGAAAUUCCUGAAGAGACAAGCACCGCGAGAGCCAAAGCCUGCCCCCAAGAACGAUGAUGAGCAACCAGCGUCAACGCUGACACGGCCGCGAGUCGGCUCCAGCCGAGUGGGCAGCUCCGUGCUGAUAGGGGCCCCCGAUGAACUGCUCGAGGCAUACGAGCAGGCGGUGCUGGAGGCCGAGGCCGAGGAGGAGAGCCAGCAGAGCGAGAACGAGCGUCGGAAGCUCAGUCCACUCUCGACGCUCGAAGCCGUGCGUGACGGCCUCCUAUUCAUAUUCGGCAAAUUCCUAAGACUCGUACGGCGCCUCGACAUGCAUGGAGGCGGAACCGGGAACAACAUCAACUUUGUGGAGGGGCUCAUCGACUUCCUGGCGGGCUCUUUGGGCGGGGCCGCACAGGUGUACGUCUCGCAGCCGCUGGACACUGUCAAGGUGAAGCUGCAGACCUUCCCGGAGGCCUACAAAGGAAUGUUCGACUGUUUCGUGAGCACGUAUCGAAAGGAUGGUAUAUUCCGGGGCCUCUAUGCGGGCUCCCUGCCCGCCGUGGUGGCCAAUGUGGCCGAGAAUUCGGUUCUCUUUGCCGCCUACGGAGGAUGCCAGAAGUUUGUCGCUUUCAUGGUCAAUAAGGAGACAACCAGCCAGCUGACGACCACCCAAAAUGCCUGUGCCGGCUCCCUGGCCGCCUGCUUCUCCACCCUCACCCUCUGCCCCACGGAGCUGAUCAAAUGCAAGCUCCAGGCCCUGCGCGAAAUGAAGCACUAUAUUGAGCCCAGUCAUCCGCAGGAUAUGCGUACGCCCUGGUCCCUCACGCGGUACAUCUGGCGCACGGAAGGGAGCCUGCAACAUCUCGCCCAGCGCCUCGACGCCAACCAAUCCGCAGAGCAACCAGAACCAGAACGAUGUGGACGUGGAUGCGGGCAGCACACCCCGACCGCAGCAUCCCGACUCCGAUGGCUUCUCUUCGUCGCACCAUCGCACGCCGCCCUCGCCGCCGCCCUCGCCGCCGCCCUCGCCGCCGCCCUCGCCGCCGCCCUCGCCGCCGCCCUCGCCGCCGCC